GUUACUUACUUCCUUAUUUUCAGAGGAUGUAACGGCUCCAUUCUCCAUUAUGGACACGCCAAUGCCCCCAAUGAAAAGGAGAUCCACGAUGGUGAUAUGUGUCUUUUCGAUAUGGGACCAGAGUACAACUGCUACGCGUCUGAUGUUACGACAUCAUUUCCUGCAAACGGAAAGUUCACUGACAAACAGAAAGUAAUAUAUAAUGCAGUGCUUGAAGCCAAUCAAGCCGUCUUCAAGGCAGCCAAACCAGGUGUCCGUUAUACUGAUAUGCAUAUCCUUGCUGAAAAGGUCAUACUCACACAUCUCAAACAGGCCGGGCUGCUUACAGGUGAAGUUGAUGAGAUGAUUAACGCAAGGCUUGGGGCCGUAUUUUUGCCUCAUGGCCUUGGUCAUUUCAUUGGUCUCGAUGUACAUGACUGUGGAGGAUAUCUCGGGGAUGCACUGCCGCGCUCGAAUCUUCCUGGUCUAAAAUCCUUACGCACUACUAGGACACUGAAAGAAAGAAUGGUGAUCACAAUCGAGCCUGGUUGUUAUUUUAUUGACACACUGCUUGAUGCCGCAUUCAAGGAUCCGAAGCUAGCGAAAUUUCUUGUGAAAGCAGAAAUCGACAAAUAUCGUGGACAAGGAGGGGUUCGUAUCGAGGACGACGUAAUCAUUUGGGAGAAGGGCAACGAAAGCAUGAGCGACGUACCGAGAACUGUUGAGGAGAUCGAGCAAUUCAUGUCAUCAGGAGUGUGCAACGAUUCCCCAAUAAGGAGAGCAUACGUGACCAUCUCAACAAGCACUAAACACCCAAGUCCUCCGCUCCUCUCUGGCAACAUGACCCUGUGA